UUGUCAUUGCAUUUGAAAUGGUAGAUGAUGGUUCAUCAUGGACGUUGUAGGUGUAAUGGUUUUCAAUAGACUUGCUUUCUAAAUAUAAAGGAACUAUUGAAGGAUUUUACAUCUCAAUUUCUUCGUGUACAAGAUGGUGCGAAGUAGCGGCCAUCAUCGCAAACGUUCUCGCAGCAAGUCUGCCAGUCCAGAAAGAAAGAGGAGUAGGCGGUCACGUAGUCGUGAAAGAGUAAAACCUCGCUACAGGCGCAGCAGAUCACGUGAUCGAGAGCGAGACUUAUCAGACAGGGAUCGCCAUCGUCGUUCUCAUAGCAAAGAUAGAAAACAGAUUGACAGCAAGGAGAGGAGAUCUGCUUCAUCAAAAUCAAAAAGCAAGUCAUUGAAAGAAGGUUCAGGAGCAGAUUCAAAAGAAAGAGAUAAAAAGGAUGCUAAAGGGGAUGAUAAAGCAGAAGAUGAAGCAUUUGAUCCUACAAAUCUUGAUAAAGAAGAAGAACAGAAGAGGCUUGAGCAAGAGAUGCAGAAGAGACGAGAGAGAAUAGAAAGGUGGAGAGCUGAGAGGAAGAAGAAAGAGCUUGAAGUUACAAAGAAAGAAAUAAAGGGAAGCUUGUUAGCUAACUUGCAGCUGCCAAUGAAGAAGUGGACAUUAGAAGAUGACAGUGAUGAAGAAGAAGACAAGCAAGACAAUAAGGAGAACAAGGAUGAAAUUAUAGAGGAGGAGGUUGACCCCCUGGAUGCUUUCAUGCAGGGUGUUCAAGAAGAGGUGAGGAAGGUAAAUAAAAUUGAUGGUAAGAAGACCGAUGGGAAAUCAGGAACUGCUGUCAACACAAACAGUUCUGGUGUUGUUAUAGUGACGGGUGUUGCCAAAAAGAAAGUCGACAAAAAGAAGGGGGAACUGAUUGAGCAGAACCAGGAUGGUUUGGAGUACUCAUCAGAAGAGGAGGAGGAAGAUCUUAAUGUGACAGCAGCUGGAAUUGCCAACAAGCAGAAGAAGGAAUUGGCAAAGGUGGACCAUUCCAAUAUGCAGUACACACCAUUCCGCAAGAACUUCUAUGUUGAAGUGCCUGAGAUAGCACGCAUGACUCCUGAAGAGGUGGAGGCAUACAAGGAGGAACUGGAAGGUAUCCGGGUGAAAGGGAAGGGUUGCCCAAAACCAAUCAAAACAUGGGCACAGUGCGGUGUCAGUAAGAAGGAGCUGGAUGUGUUGAAGAAACAAAACUAUGAGAGACCAACACCAAUCCAGGUACAAGCCAUACCUGCCAUCAUGACAGGGCGAGACUUGAUUGGUAUUGCCAAGACAGGAAGUGGGAAAACGUUGGCCUUCCUUCUGCCUAUGUUGCGGCACAUCAUGGACCAACCACCGCUGGAAGAAAUGGAGGGUCCUAUAGCUGUUAUAAUGACUCCAACCCGUGAGCUGUGUAUGCAGAUUGGGAAGGAGUGCAAGAAGUUCACUAAGUCACUGAAUCUAAGGGCUGUAUGUGUGUAUGGAGGUACUGGGAUAUCUGAACAGAUUGCAGAGCUGAAACGGGGAGCAGAGAUCAUUGUUUGCACUCCUGGUCGAAUGAUUGACCUUCUGGCUGCCAACAGUGGCAGAGUGACCAAUCUGAAGCGUGUGACAUAUGUAGUGCUGGAUGAGGCAGAUCGAAUGUUUGACAUGGGUUUUGAACCUCAGGUGAUGAGAAUUAUUGAAAAUAUCAGACCAGAUCGACAAACUGUAAUGUUUAGUGCAACAUUUCCUCGGCAGAUGGAAGCACUUGCUCGGCGUAUUCUUACCAAACCAAUAGAAAUCCAGGUCGGGGGCCGCAGCGUGGUGUGCAAGGAAGUGGAACAAAAUGUCAUUGUGCUAGAGGAGGAGCAGAAGUUCCUCAAGCUGCUUGAGCUUCUUGGACACUACCAAGGACUGGGCAGCAUCAUAGUGUUCGUGGACAAGCAGGAGAAUGCUGAUAUCCUGCUCAAGGACCUCAUGAAGGCCUCAUAUCAGUGCAUGUCACUUCAUGGAGGCAUUGACCAGUUUGACCGAGACAGUACUAUAGUUGACUUCAAGUCAGGCAAGGUGCGGCUGCUUGUGGCAACUUCAGUUGCUGCUCGUGGUCUUGAUGUCAAACAUCUCAUCCUUGUUGUCAAUUAUGACUGCCCAAAUCAUUAUGAGGAUUAUGUUCAUCGUUGUGGAAGAACUGGCAGGGCUGGCAACAAGGGAUUUGCAUACACAUUUAUCACACCAGAGCAGGAGAGGUACUCAGGCGAUAUUGUACGAGCAUUGGAGUUGUCUCUGGUACCAGUACCUGAUCCUUUAAGGAUACUGUGGGACCGUUAUAAAGCCAAACAAGCUGCUGAGGGCAAGAAAGUUCACACAGGCGGAGGUUUUAGUGGCAAGGGUUUUAAGUUUGAUGAAGCAGAGGCCAUGAUGGUGAGCGAGAAGAAGAAGUUCCAGAAGGCUGCUCUUGGUUUGCAAGACUCUGAUGAUGAGGAUUUGGAGCAUGACAUUGACCAGCAAAUUGAAAACAUGUUGGCACCAAAGAGAAUUGUAAAGGAAAUAAAGGCACCAAUAGGAAUGAACCCAGGAGCUCCAGUAGUGCCAAGUCAGCUGAUCCCAUCAGCAACAGACAAGUUGGAACUGGCUCGUCGUCUUGCUUCACGUAUCAACAUGGCAAAGAACCUUGGAGCAGAGGCUAAGGGAGCCACACAGCAGGCUGCAGAAGCCAUCCUCAAAGGUGGUGGAUCACAGCCUCUCAUCACGGCAAAGACAGUAGCAGAGCAGCUGGCUGCCAAGUUGAAUACCAAACUAAACUAUCAACCUAAAGAGGAGGAUGAUAAAGCAGAAGAAGAACAAGUGGAGACAUUCCGCAAAUAUGAAGAAGAGCUAGAGAUAAAUGACUUCCCUCAACAGGCUAGGUGGAGGGUCACAUCUAAGGAGGCUUUGGCCCAAAUCAGCGAGUAUUCUGAGGCCGGAAUCACUGUUCGUGGUACCUAUUUCACACCAGGAAAACCAGCACCAGAAGGAGAGCGGAAAUUGUACCUUGCUAUUGAAAGUACAAAUGAACUGGCAGUGUCAAAGGCAAAGAUUGAAAUUACACGGCUAAUUAAGGAGGAACUGUUGAAACUACAGAGCUCAGCUCACCAUAUCAUGAACAAGGCACGCUACAAGGUUGUGUAGUGACAUUAUCUUCAAGGAUUUUGGUCCCAUUGACAAUUUUCUGUGUUUCAACAGUAUACAGAACUGGGCUGUACCUUGUAGGAAAGUAAUUCAUUGUCAUUUUUUAUUGCCAAAAAUCCAUGGAUCAGAUUAUGAAGUUCACAGCUGUAACAUAAUAAUUUGUAUAGACAGGGUUUUUAAAGAGAAGAAUAUUAUGAUCGAACUUGAUAUCAUGUUUUCCCAUAUGUGAAAAUGCUAGAAUAAGAAAUAUAGAUAUUCUAAUAUUUUCAUGUGAUUUAUGUAGCAGAAUUAAUAUAGUAAGUAUAACCAUUGACUUUACCAGUUCAGUUCCUUCCAUUCUGCUGCAAUAAAAAAAUGAGGGAAAGUCAAGUUUGGAAGGGGAGAGAAGUUUAUUUUAAAAUGCCCUAUCACUACAAAUUUUGAAAUGAAUAUAGUCUUGCUUUUGCAUCACUUGUGAAUUGUGUCAUGCAGGUUAGUAAUGAUUUCUAUUAUUUAAGCAACUGAAAUCUAGUUUACAUGCUUUACCAUGUUUUUCAUUAGAAAAUGACUUUUUUAGACAUGUUACACAGAAUUGAGAACCGUUUCUUAGCUUCCAGGAAACACCCAUCUCUGAUAUAUUUUACCUAUUCCCAAUUUAUUAGACAUUCUUCACAUUCUAGCAUGAACGAAGUACAUUAUCAGCCUGUCCAUGCCUGUCUAGUUUUUCCAGGAGCCCUCACUUUAGAAAUGAACUCUUUCACCUUUCAAGCAGGAAGAUUGAAGAGACCACAGCUGGAUGCAUUAGAAAUGAAAUAACAGUUUUACACAUAAAUAAAAUUUGAAUCUACUCCAAAUAUAGUAGCCAGUGUCCAUAAUGCUUGACUGUACAAGUGUUCAAUUUGUGUGGUGCAGAAACAUUUGAAGUUAAAUUCUAAUCGUAGCAUCUCUGGUAGCAAGAAAUGCAAAUGAGGUUAUUGUGGCACAUUCAGAGUAGGAGUCUGGAGUCAGGUUGUCUGUUUUGUGUUGGUGCAUUUGACCACCUUGUUCAGAUGCAACUUCGGAAUGAUUUCAUUUCUAUUUUGUAAUUUUUAAAGUACAAGUUUGUGGAUAAGAUCUGUAUAUCAGAAGGUAAAGGUGGAGCUAUAUGUGGCUAAGGAGGUUUUUGUGGGGUGCCUGCUAAAUCGUAAUGUAAGUAUGCGGCUCCCUGUAGUAAGUGUAAUGAUCUAAGUGGAGAGGAGUGUUGCUGGAGAUGGUGCUGCAUGCUCAUUUCGUUAGAAAUAUUUAAGUGAAGGGAAGAAUAUAUCUUCUUCCACAGUUUUCUAUAGUUUGUCUAUGAAGUUGGUCUGUGGUUUCAGAAACUGCAUGGAUGUUCCCUACCAGAUCACUCCUUCAUUACUGAUAAUUAUCCUAUUUAAUUUUACAAUUCAUAAUGUCUGCAGUUCACACAUCUUUUUAAUUAAAUCUAAAAAACAUAGAAGGCGUUAUAAACAAAUUCAGUCUGCAUUUUCUGAUUUCUGACUGUAGUAUAUUGCAUUAUACACACUAAUUGAUAUAUGGUGUUAGAAUACACACUUAGACUGUAUUCUGUUUAUAUGAGUAAAUUGUAUUGAGAUUUACAUUAUGUAAAGGAGUAAAGGGACCUUGUAACUGAA